AUGCAGAGCAUCUUUCGUUUGCCCUGGUGCAGCGACCAGCUCAAGCUGUCUGAGAAGGCUGCCCUGGACAAGAUGCGCCCCUCGCCCGUGGUAGAAAUACCCGUGCUCAACAAGCUGAAGAGGAAGCGCGACGACAGCCCCGACAGCCUGUCGCCUCAGUACUCGCCGCAGACUGUCAAGAGGCAGCGAUCCGAGGCGGAAAUCUCUCACCAGCUGCCGACCCCAACAUCUCCCUAUGUGAGCUCGCGCGUGCCUUACAAGGCCGAAGCCUUGCAAAACAUCGCCCCCGCUCCACAACCGGUGAACGGAUCAGUCAUCCCCACGGCACAAAGUACAGAGACUUCUGGAAGCGAGGACACCAAGCUUCCAGCCCACUCGCAACCUACCAAGCCCUGCGCAACCACUGAAUCGGAAGGAUACUUCACUGCCAAGCACUCUGUUGACAUGCCUUCCCAGAAUGUUUUGAACCCACUCUCCGACCUCACGCCGCUCCAGCAAGUCAUCGAGAACGAGUUCAACAUGCAGAUCCUGAUGAAGCACAACGAGUUGCGCCUGAUCGAACAGGAGCUCGCAAAGUGCCAGGUCGCUCUCGAGCAGCUGCGACGAUGCGAGCUGCGUCCCUACCCAGGCACCAGUGGACUUUCAGCCUCUGUCACUGAAGGCACCGGCCCUGCUGUCGCCCCUCCGCCCGGUUUCACCCGGCCCAUUCAUGCCGCGCCUCAUGGUGUUACAGAUGGCCCGUACUCUCGCCACUACCGCCAGUGGUUGCUUCACGAUCCUCAAUUCGAUUCGCUGUCGCCUCAAAUCCUUGCGCAGGCCGAGCAGCUAAGCAACCUCGCCAACCGUUCUACCCGCAACAACGGCCAACAUUCGCGAAAGACUGGGAGCAAGUCUUUGGGAACUUCGACAAGAGCUUCUGAGUCUCUUCACAGCAUUCCCAACUACCCCGCCGUCCCAGCCAAGGACAAGUCCGCGCCUCUGGUACUCAAGAGGUCUACGGAUCAUCAGCUCGUCAAGCUCAUUUGCAACGACUGCAAGCGAGGAAACUUUUCCAGCAUUCAAGGCUUCCUCAACCAUUGUCGUAUUGCUCACAAGGUCGAUUACAAGUCGCAUGAUGCGGCUGCGGUCGAUUGUGGACAGCUUUUGGAUGAGCAGGAAUUGGCCAACUUGCCACCUGAGGCGCAUUCGGCCCCGGCGCCCAAGCCUACUCCAGCCCCGCGAGUCUCAACAUCAAGCGCGACUGUCAAGAACUCGAGUUUUGUGCAUCCGCUGAAUACACCAAGCGCUACACCGGUCACGACACCUCGACCGGUGGCGCCCAAAGCUCCAGUCCGCGGCCUUAGUACUCCGGCCACCACGCCAGGCAACAACGCAUCAACCUUCAAGCCUUCGCCUCAGGUCCCUCGCCUAUCUGCCUACUUUGCCAAGCAUAACGUUGGUGGCGAUCUCGAGCAGGCCGCAGCUGCUGCGAAGCAAAAGGUUGAUCUCGGCGUGGACGAGGAUCUGCAAUCGCCUGACGCUUCUGAAGCAAAUUCCCCUAUCGCAUUCUUCGGUCCUGGUGCUCGCACACUCGCCCCAUCUCAAGGUGGUCGAUCUGGUUCUGGCUUCGAAGGCUUUGAGCGCCCGACGAGCCGCAAGGGCCAGCGCCAGCCAAUGCAGCGUCCUCGCCCGUCUCCACUGGCACCUACACCUGCUGGGCAAGAUGUCCACAUGACGCAGUCUGGUCUUUCUUCUCCCCAGGACAACCUGUCACCCCACACCGCCGACAGCAACCCUGGACUGGUUAGCGACAACGAGGGCGACCACGACGAUGCAUCGGACGAUGAGUCCUCGCAGAUAGAAGUUGCAGCGCCUCGCCAUCCACUGCCUCCCGUCGGACGUUCUUGCGAGGACAACAUGGACAUCGACGUUCAGGAAGAUGACGAAAUCGAGCGUCCCCAGCGCGGCGUGAUUAUUAGGAGGAACAGCAUGCUGGCGCAGGAGACGAGUGGGAUGGGGAGUCCCAGCAGGAAAGUCGGUGGGAAGUGA